AUGCGUCCAAGAAACCACCACGUCCCAAGUCUCCUUCAAAGGCUGAUCUGGCGAAGCACCGUAGCAAAUCUAAGUUGCCAAAUCUACGUUCUUGUAGUAUCCCCUCUGAACAAAUCAAAUCGAAAGGCUCGCCUAAACGAACAUCAUUUUGCUGUUCCCGCAAACAGGGGUGACGAGAGACGCGAUUUCAAGCUGGAUACGGAUCACUCCAGGCUAGCGGAACUUCAGAAACGGAACUCGAUGCUUCACCCGGCUAUGCGUUGCGCAUACGCGUUGGAAGUAGGAGCAUACAGUUCGCCAACAGGGAGUGAGAAUGCUGUGAAACACGGGAGUGCAAGAAGAAAAAGCGGCGCCAAGUUUUUCCAACGUGCGUCCUCGUACGUAAAGAAGAAGUUUCCUUUGUCUGAGUCGACCAAUUCUCAACAAUAA